CCCGGCCGCCCUCCGGCUCCCAGCGCCCUGCCCUCCCGAGAGCCGGUCCGCGUCGCCGCGGCUCGCGCGGGUCAGCCAUGCGCCCCCGCACCGCCCCCCGCGCCCCCGCGGGACCCGCCGCCGCGCUCGGGCUCUGCAGCCUCCUGCUGCUGCUCCGGCCCGGCCGCGCCUGCCCCGCGGGCUGCGCCUGCCCCUACCCGCACACCGUGGACUGCCGCGGCCGCGGGCUGCCCAGCGUGCCCGACCCCUUCCCGCUGGACGUGCGCAAGCUGCUGGUGGCCGGCAACCGCAUCCAGCGCAUCCCCGAGGACUUCUUCAUCUUCCACGGCGACCUGGUCUACCUGGACUUCAGGAACAACUCGCUGCGCUCGCUGGAGGAGGGCACGUUCCGCGGCUCGGCCAAGCUCGCCUUCCUCGACCUCAGCUACAACAACCUGACCCAGCUGGGCGCCGGCGCCUUCCGCUCGGCCGGGAGGCUGGUCCGGCUGAGCCUGGCCAACAACCGCCUGGAGGGCGUGCACGAGGCGGCCUUCGAGACCCUGGAGUCGCUGCAGGUGCUGGAGCUCAACGACAACGACCUGCGCAGCCUCAGCGUGGCCGCCCUGGCCGCGCUGCCCGCGCUGCGCUCCCUGCGCCUGGACGGCAACCCCUGGCUCUGCGACUGCGACUUCGCCCACCUCUUCACCUGGAUCCAGGAGAACGCGUCCAAGCUGCCCAAAGGCCUCGAUGAAAUCCAGUGCUCCCUGCCCCCCGAGAACAGGAGGGUGUUCCUGCGCCAGCUGUCGGAGGCCAGCUUCAGCGAGUGCAGGUUCAGCCUCUCGCUCACAGACCUGUUCAUCAUCAUCUUCUCGGGCGUGGCCGUGUCCAUCGCCGCCAUCAUCUCCAGCUUCUUCCUGGCCACCGUGGUGCAGUGCUUCCAGAGGUGCACCCCCAACAAGGACGCCGAGGAGGAGGACGAGGAUGAGGACGACUGAGCCACCCCUCCCGUUCCUCGCUUUCCAGAACCCAUGCUCGUGGCUCCCCUUGGAGGAGAGAGGGAAAUGCUGAGACCCACACGGUCAGUGCCCUGAGCCGCCCAGAAUGGUGCCUGUUCCACACCUGGGACCCGGGGGCGCACCGGGUGGGACCUCCGACCUCAGAGCAUAGAAUCCACAGCUCAAGGAGCUCAGGAAGGCUUCCUGGAGGAGGGGCUGCCGCUCAGCGUGGGGUGUGCGUCAGGAGAUGAUGGAGUCGGGCUUCACAGCCGCUGGUGGGAAUCCAGCCCAGGGGACACGAGACGUGCAGUGCUUGCCCACAACGAUGACUUUGUGACAUCCACGGCUCUGGCUUGGCCUGGGCCGCCAUGAUGCACCUCCUUCCUCCCAGGAGGCGGCUGCUCAGACAGUGGGGGUCGGGGUUUAGGUCCCUCUACCCCGUUUGGCUAACAUGGCACUGAGGAGAAAGCCAAGAACUGGCCGGAGUGUGUUUGUUGUUCCAUUUUGGUUGGGAAAACUUUUGUGGACAGAAACCAAACCUUGAUCCUUAUCCCCGUGAGGCAGCGACCCACGGAGCAAGGACAGUCGCUUUGAACAGUCCUGAUGGGCUCUGCUCAGAGUCACUCUUCCCUCUGGCGUUGUUUCCCCUCCUCGUCCCCAGACCUGUCCCUGAGUCGCUCCCCAGCGUUCCCCCUGCUGGCACUGCUCCAGACUUGCCAGCUCCAGAAUUUGCGCAGAAACCUUCCCAGAGGCCAGGCUUCAGAGAGCAGGAGGCAUCGGACCCACAAAAUGGUAAAGACAUGAAACGAACGAACUGGGACUCGGCCUCUGAAACCCUCCCCCCGCGGCCUCAGGCUGUGUGUGAUGUGUUUUUGGAGCCCAGGCCGUGGCAGGCAGUGAUUCCCAGCGCGGGGAAUGCAGCGUUUUGGUUCUGAGGUAGCACGACACCAGCAGUGUCAUGGGCCCAGCGGGGUAAUGCGAGGCGACACGCAUUAGCAGCUCCGGGCCUUGUGGGGACUGACAGGGGGGGCUCACGAGAAGCUCUGGGAUGUUUCUGGGCAUCACGCCUCCAUUAUUUCUCACAAUACACUCCUUACGUGACUC